AUGCUUGAAUGUGUUGGCGUUGCCAUGGUGCUGGUGACCCUGAUGGUGUCCAUCUACUACAAUGUGAUCAUCGCCUACAGCCUCUACUACAUGUUUACAUCCUUCCAGUCUCCUCUGCCUUGGUCCACUUGCAUGGAGUGGGCCGACAGCAACUGCAGCACCUCACCAAAAGUGACCAACUGGACUCAAGAAAACACAAUAAGAGUUCCAGUGCAGAGUCCCAGUGAGCAGUACUGGGAUCAUGUGACUCUACAGAGAUCCGCUAGUAUCGUUUGGCACUUGGCUCUCCGUUUGCUGCUCAGCUCUGUCCUCGUUGCUGCAGCGCUUGUCAAAGGCAUCAGGAAAAGUGGUGGAGUCGUGUAUUUCACCGCCACGUUUCCAUAUGUGGUGCUUGUGGUCUUGCUGAUCAGGGGGGUGACGCUGGAGGGAGCCAGAGAUGGGAUGGAGCUCUACGUCAGGUCCCGAUCCAACUUGACCAAGCUGACCGAGGCACAUGUGUGGAAAGACGCUGCGACUCGGACCUUCUACUCUUUGUCAGUUGGCUGGGGAGGAGUCAUGACUCUUGCCUCCUAUAGCAAAUUUCACAACAACGUGUUGAAGGAUGCCUUUGUUGUGACACUCACUAAUGCAGAGGUGGUCACAACCUGCCUGAUUGACUCCUUCCCUGAAACCUUCACCUCCAAACAAGCCACACUCACCAUGGCCACCAGUGGGCUUCUCUACCUGCUGGGUCUACCUUGUCUCACUCGGGCAGGAAUAUACUAGGUGACUCUCAUCGACCAGUUUGUUGCCAGUUGGGUUCUGCUCAUCUUGGCUCUCUUGGAGAUCAUGGGUGUGGUCUACAUUUAUGGUGGAAACCGUUUCAUGAUAGAUGCAGAGAUGAUGCUUGGCUACAGGAGUUCCAGCUACUGGUUUUGGUGGAGAGCGUGCUGGUUCUUCAUUAGUCCCUGUGUCAUACUGGUGAUCCUGAUCUGGUCUCUGCUGACCUUCACGCCCCCCACUUAUGGCACAGUCCACUACCCGGUUUGGGCUCUCGCUCUGGGAUGGUGCAUGGUCGCGUUCAUCUGGAAGCUGAUAAAAGUGCAGGGGAAUGCAGCGGAGCGUGUGAAGUCACUGUGCUCUCCCUCGGAAAAAUGGCAUCCUUAUCUGGACGUGCAUCGUGGUGAGCAGUACUCAGAAAUAGACUGUGGCCAGGGGAAGCAUCACAGCAAGUAG